UGUCCUGUCAAAAAGUUACAGUUCGACAGACCAGACAGACAGCCACAAACAUUUUCGGUUCUCGUUUCGAUCGUUCCCCUCAAAAUCCAACAAAAGACCACAAGCGAACUCCGUUUUUUGUUGACCAGCGAAUAGCGAAUAGAAUAGAACAGAUCAGACGCUUACCCCCCUUUGACCAUGACCAUGACCAUGGCUAAUUGGCGAGCAAGCGGCUGGAUGGCGCCCAUGCGGCUGCUGCGUCUGGUGCGUCUGGUGCGCGGCAAGUCGGAUUACAGCAAGACGGCCAAGAACCUGAAGAUCAACAAGGAGACGAAGCUGCUGGUGCAGGGCUUCACCGGCAAGCAGGCCACCUUCCACUCGCAGGAGGCCCUCAAGUACGGCACCAAUGUGGUCGGCGGCGUCUCGCCCAACAAGGGCGGCACCAAGCACCUGGACAAGCCCGUCUUCAAGGACGUCGCGGAGGCCACCAAGGAGCUGAAGCCGGACGCCACUGUGAUCUUCAUACCGCCCAGCAAUGCCGCCCAGGGCAUCUGUGCGGCCAUCGAGAGCGAGAUCGGGCUGAUCGUGGCCAUCACGGAGGGCAUACCGCAGGUGGACAUGGUCCGCAUCAUGCAGAUGCUCAAAUGCCAGGAGAAGUCGCGCCUGCUGGGCCCCAACUGUCCGGGCAUCAUCGCGCCGGAUCAGUGCAAAAUCGGCAUCAUGCCCGGCGACAUCCACAAGCGCGGCUGCGUGGGCAUCGUCUCCCGUUCGGGCACCCUCACCUACGAGGCUGUGCAGCAGACGACAAAGACCGGGCUCGGCCAGACGCUGUGCAUCGGGUGCGGUGGCGACCCCUUCAACGGGACGAACUUCAUCGACGGCCUGAAGAUCUUCCUGGACGAUCCCGAGACGAAGGGCAUCAUACUAAUUGGGGAGAUCGGCGGCAGUGCCGAGGAGGAUGCCGCCGAGUUCCUCAAGCAGCACAAUGCCGGCUGCAAGGCCAAGCCCGUGGUCAGCUUCAUUGCCGGGCAGACGGCACCGCCCGGUCGCCGCAUGGGGCAUGCCGGUGCCAUCAUUGCCGGCGGAAAGGGCACGGCCAGUGCCAAGGUGGAAGCGCUCGAGAAGGCCGGCGUCAUUGUCUCCCAAAAUCCCUGCCACAUGGGCUCCAACCUCUACAAGGAGAUGCUGCGCCUCAAGCUCGUGCCCAAGAAGGAGUCGGGCGGCGACUCCGGCAAGAAGAAGUAGGCCCAGCAGGGCCACAAGGAGACCCCAGAUACACACUAGUUCCCAGUUAGGGGUUCCCCCCCCACC